CUCAGAAGAUGAGGUGGAUGUGCUCUUACACGGCACUCCUGACCAGAAGCGGAAGCUGAUACGGGAGUGCCUGACCGGGGAGAGCGAGUCUUCUAGUGAGGAUGAGUUCCAAAAGGAGAUGGAAGCGGAACUGAGCACCACCAUGAGGACUAUGGAAGGCAAAUGGAAAUCGCUGGAAAUGGGUACUUCCUCGAGUGCUGGGCAGACUGGACCUGCCACCACUUCAAAAUACUAUGAUGACAUUUACUUCGAUUCUGAUUCAGAGGAUGAAGAUAAAAUAGUUACACAGGAGGUCCGGAAAAACAGAAAACAUCAGCAACGUCGGAUUCUUUCCAAUGAUGAACUGCUGUAUGACCCAGAAGAAGACAGCCGAGACCAAGAGUGGGUAGACUCACAGAGGAGGGGGUACCGUAAUCAAAGAGUGCCGCAGCAGCCAAAACUUUCAGCUGUUCCCAAUAGUGAUGCUGUUUUGAACUGCCCUGCUUGCAUGACGACAUUAUGCCUGGACUGUCAGAGACAUGAAUCUUACAAAACACAAUAUAGAGCAAUGUUUGUGAUGAACUGCGUUGUUAACAAAGAGGAAAUUCUGAAAUACAGAAAGAAGCUAAAGAAAAGAAAUAAGAAGAUGAAGCACAGCAAAGAAACUACCUGUAUAGAAUCAAAUCAAGAAGAGGAGGAAGUGUAUCAUCCAGUAUUGUGUACUGAAUGCUCAACUGAAGUGGCAGUAAUGGAUAAAGAUGAAGUUUUUCACUUCUUCAAUGUUCUAGCCAGCCACUGCUAAUGUGCAAAAGCAGGGGAAAAAAAUCCUGCACUGUUUGAGACUGUGUGAAGUGUCAGAAAUGUAGGCAUGUUAGCCUUUUUUAAAUUUGGUCUUUUAAGUGUACAUUUUCAUCAGAGAACGUUAUAACAGUUGGAUUUUUGCAAAGUUUACGAAGGGAAUACAGUUAACUGCGUGCAUUUGAGAGCAGUAUUCUUUCACACUGUCAGGUGGUUGCAUCAUUAAGGAUUUAAAAUUUUGUAAAUAUAAUGUAAGAUGUGUGUAUUACGACCAUUCCCUGUAUAUAUACUGUCUGUCUAUUAUCUCAAUAUGUAUUGGAACUGCUGCUUAGAAUAAACACUGUGUAGUAACUG